AUGAGUCAACUUAUUCAGAACUUUGAAUACAUUGCUGCACACAUUAAAGAUUAUAUUGAUGAAAACAAGUUGUUUUCUACUUUCGAGAUACAAGACAUCAAAAAAAUCAUGAAAUUUACAACUCUGACUACAAAUGACUUCAUUACUCUUAUGAUUCAAUCUCAAUCUGAAAUCAAUGCAAACGAAUUAUAUACUUCCACUCGAAAAGCAAAUGUUUCUAUACAAAAUUAUGAAGAAGUCGUUUCAAUUUUGAAAUCACUCAAUAAAUACAUGAAACUUGGAAUCCUUGGUGGCGUUGUUGAUUUUUUAAUUCAAUUUCAAAAAGAAAUAUCUGAUUCAGACAUCAAAAUACAAAACCUUCAAACAGAAUUAAAUAAAAUUCAAGAUCAAAAUCAAAAAAGUGACAAAGAAAUCGAGUCACCAAAUUCUCAAUUAAAUCAAAUUAAUGAGGAUAAUACUAGGUUAAAGAGAGAACUUCCUGGCAGAGAAACAAAGGCUAAUCAGAUUAAUUAUGAAAACAGUAAUGAUAAAGAAAUUCUUACAACAAUUUCAGAACUUAAGAAUUGUAAUGAUUUUAAAUGUGUCUACAAUUUCCUUGAUGAGCUUUCAUCUCAAGGAAAUGAGAAAAUGAUUUCAAAAUCAUGCGAAGAAGAACUUUGGAAAAAGAAAAAUCAAAAUUCGAGUUCAAACAAUGAAAAGAAUGUCCUUCAUGUAGCAAGUGAAAAAGGAAAUCUCAGACUUGUGAAAUCUCUGAUUGAAUGUGGCUGCGAUAAAGAAUCAAAGAGUCAAAAGAACUAUACUCCACUUAUCUGUGCUUCAGGACGUGGUCGUCUUGAAAUUGUCAAAUAUCUUAUAUCUGUUAGAGCUGAUAAAGAAGCAACGAGUAAUAGUGGAUGUACUCCACUCAUGUAUGCAUCAGACAAAGGUCAUCUUGAAGUUGUUAAAUAUCUUAUCUCUAUUGGAGCUGAUAAAGAAGCAAAGGAUAAUAAAGGGAGAUCAUUGAUGGAUUUCGCAAAAGAUAAUGUCAAAAACUUUCUAAAAUAUGUGGUCAUUUCAGAGUGA